GAACCCCACCUUCGAGAACGGCUCGUCUUCCAUUUGGAGGCUGAGCGCGAACCCCUGGAUCGUCACCGGCGGUCUUGGCUUGGCUACCCACCAGGCCCGCUCCCAAGUGGUUGGACCCUUGAACAAACAACAGGGGAGCUUCGCCGCCAACAGCCAGUAGCGAGAUGGGUCGCCAGGGCGUUUCUCGUGCUGUCCCAGAGAGGAAUGGCACUCUUUCCAGAUCGGCGAGUCCGGGGACUCGCAAUGGAGUCAAUGGAGUGAUGAGCGCCAUUGACGCCCACGGUACCCGUGACGUGCCGGGAUUGAUUCGAGAAGAACUUGAUGAACCAGGAACAGCUUCCCCGUCCCCACCAGCUCAUCCGACUCUGGAAGCACCCUUGACCCCCCAGACGACCUCGAGCUUGGACCCCAGCAGCCCCAGCUUGCAACUCCCUUUCUUCACCAACAACAGCUCCUCCUUCAUCUUCCACCUGGAUCUUUUCUCCUCUUGUCUUCUCUUGGAUCGAGACUUCAGCCGGAGCAUCAACUCGAAUCUCACGCCCCACGCCAACUGCCUCCCAUAUACGUUUUACCUCAGCCCUUCGGCAUCCAAAUCAAGCAACGCCUUCAGCUCGGGCUCGUCCGACCUCGUUACGAGUAGCGGGGAGACGCAAGGCACCAUGCCGGGCCCGACCCUCGAUGCUCCGGUCGAGUACGAAUUCCUAGCUCCCAGCAUGGCCGACUACUUCUCAUUGUCGACAUCGACCCAAAUCCAAUCCCCAUCAGGUUCGAGGAUCGACUUUGCGCAGCUGCCCCCGAGCUCAGCAGGCAGUGGCAGGAGUGAACCGGCCACAGGUCCUCUGAGUUUUGCGCGGUGGGGCAGACGGAAUCACCGCCAUCACACCGACGCGCACAAUCACCACGAUGAAGAAGGACGCAGGUUGUUGGGGCGGGGCUGCCGUUCGGCGGAGCGCAAGGCGAGCAGCAGGAGCAGCCCGAAACGAUCCGGUCGUUCGAGGUCCAACAGCAACCAAAAACGGCAACCCCAAACUACCGGCGUCCCCCAGAUGACACGAGAAGAGUUCGAGGCUCUGCCGCUAGCAAUCCAGAGAAAGUACUUCUCAACACUCGAGCGGCUGCGUUUUGCUCGAGAAUCCGGCCUUGUGGACGGUAUCUCACGCCACUACGACGACGUAUCAAAUUUCAAGCGCCGGAAGCCUCAGCGAGACCGACAUCGCCAGGGAUCGCCGACCGGGUCUCAAUGCUCAAUUUCUGAUUCGUCGCUCUUGGAUGCAGAAGCAACGCAGGAAGCAGACACCCGUCGUACUGAGGAGCAUAUGGUCCUUGCGGGACGCCAGCGUGCGAGCGUCAUCCUCGACGCGGCGGACGAGGCCAUAUAUAAGCUCAAGCAGCAAGCUAGCAGAGGGACCUUGUCAACAGCUGCUGACGGCCUCACCCCUCCUCUUUCUCCCACUCGAAACAGCAUGGACUCGCAUGAUGGACUCGGGAGGCCCGACAUUGACCAGUCCCGCGACGGCGAGGUACCUCAGUCGUUUUACGAGAGCUUUCGAUGGCUGGAUGAGGAAGAGGACCUAGAUUUACGCUUCUUCUUGGACGACUACCAUGCGAACCUGCGGGAAGGUACACGGCGGGAAGGUACGCCGAACGCAAACCAACGACCCUCGUUCCGCCGACGCAUGUCGGUCUCCAAGCUUCCGUUUGGCCGUCGGAGCUCGAUUUCAUCGUCCAGACCUGGAACCAAGGAUGCGAUGACAGCACCUCCCGUCCACAGCCCGACGGGGAAUGUUUCAAACGGAUUGACUCACAUGAGGCGCAAGUCACGCACUCUGUCUCUGAUCGCGCCGAAGCAUGCACCCGGGCCGUCCAUCACAGCAUUCGACCCUGCUGCAGCGCAUUACCAAGAUCCUGAGGCCCGGUUAAAGUUGCGGGUCUACCUAGCCUCGCCGCAGAAGUUUGAUGAGGCUGUCGAGUUCGGGUUUCCGUCGACAGACGGGUUGUCAGCUGCACCCGCGAUGCUGAAACCGGCAGAUUGCUCUUCGGACAUGCGCACGUUCCUGGCCGAUGACGAUGACCACCUCUCGCUCAACAGCGAUCAACCCUCAUUGUCCGAUCCGGACUCGCCGAAGACACCGGAGCCUCUCGAGCCCAGAGCUCACGGUCCUCGCCACGCACGGCUAGCCUCGGCCGGCGUUCUCAACGGCAGAGAUUUCGGAAGGAAAUCUCCAGAGGGGACCUGCUACGCCCAGAUACCUGCCUCGUCGCGCGAGAUGACACUGCGUAUGACGCUCACACGACCGGACCUUCGUACCCCCGACGACGAAAUGUACGGCUGGCAGCAGAGGCAGGCCUACCAACAGCAUAGCCGCCAGCAAACGGCCCCAGCGUCGCUCGCCGCCGAAACCAGAGGCGCUUACCCCGGAAACGGAUCCCAGAAGGAGAGCUUGGAUAACUUCCGUGAUGUCGAUCAUUGGAAUGAAACCGCGGCUGAGAAGGGCGUCAUGAGGCGGAUUUGGAACCGCGUACGAAGAGUAUGAGGCUCCGCAAACGCAUCACCUACCUCUCAGGUUCCCGACUGUCGACGCCGCCUGGGUAUUGUACACCCUACCGUUUCACGCUCUUUCCCUCAUUAUCAUAUCGACCACCAUGACAUCUCAUUAAAGCCUACGAAUCAAUCCCUCAUGGCAGCCUUUGGACGUGCUGCACUCGGCGAAGGAGGUCUCUUUUGCUCUCUUAGGACCUUGCAAGGCGUUUGGCGGGUUUUCUCUCUUAGAUGCAUCUAGUCGGUUGGCUGAUUUGUUUCCAUAAAAGCAUACACGGGUUGAGCAUCUCACGAUGGAGCUUUUUAAUAGUAUAUAGGUAGAGAACAAAAAUUCGCAAUGUACACUGACUGCUUGAUCGUAUUUUCUCAAGCAAUUUUUUUUUCUAUAUAUCUCAGCCAAAAUCAC